AUGUUACGCUGCGCUACCAGUUUUCGAUGUUACAUGCGCGUGAUUUGCCUCACGAUGGCUCCUGAUGGCGCCAUGACAAGUGCUUUGCGAAAAUUGGACUACACGCCGUACACGCUGCGAAGCGCUUUCUCACAGGGCCGUGCCAACCGUCACCCGACUGAAUGGGCUUCUGCUCUACGGGGCGAGCGGGACAUUGACUUGUGCAAACUGAUGGCAGAUUUUGACGCUGCUGUGGGGCCUCCGGCCGCUAUGUUGUAUGCCAAGCUCCUGCGCGAAUGCCCGGAUUAUACGAAAGUGAUAUUAGUGAAGGAGACGGACAAACAACAAUGGGCGCGAGAACACGAGAGAUGCGUUAUAUCACUUCUGAAGGGACACCGCCACCCACCCCAAAACCGUAUUGCUAAGGCAUUUUACACAAUAUUGAGCGAAAUGGCACCGCACCCGAUCGAACAGCCGUUGGGGGCGAUUUCAGGGAAUGGAGAUGAUGACACUCGAAUUUCAGGACGCGUGGACGCGCUGGAACGUUAUGAAGCUGAGGUUUGCCGGGAGGUGCCUUCCAGUCGCUUGUUGGUGUAUCAUCACGGCGAUGGCUGGGAGCCCUUAUGUAGUUUUUUGGGGAGGGAAGUCCCUGGUGAACCAUUUCCGCCUUAUGAUGGUGGAAUGCACGUAAUUCGUAAUCUCCAUGAACGUGUCGAGCGUACUGAGAAAAUAGCGUAUGUAGCCGUGCUAUUACUUGGUGGUACGGCAUUGUAUGCCUUCUUUCCAGUUUUGCUAGACAUGAAGGAAUAUUUUGAAAAGUUGUACAGAGACUACCAGAUUGCGUAUGGACAGUGA